AGGGGCACGCUAUUAUCAAUUUGGUCCUACCGUCUUCUCCCUGCUCUCCCUGCCCCAACUCCGCUGUAUGUAUACACCUCUUCCCUCCCUCUCCCCUCUCUCCACAUCUAUUACAAACACGCUUGCGCCUUCGCUGUCUGCGUCUUCUAUCUACACUUCACCAUUGAAAUCACACUCUAUCUCUACAUAUCCAUGCUCUUUGCUAUUCAACACUGCUAAUCGCGUUUGCUAGCUCAAAGGUUGAGACACUAUGAUAUCACCAGAAGAAGCACUUCAAACAAUACUAAAUGUAGCUCAACGCUUACCGCCUAUAAGUGUUCCCAUUCAUGAUGCUCUUGACAAAGUCCUGGCUGAGGAUAUUCGGGCUCCUGACCCUCUUCCUCCUUACCGCGCUUCUAUAAAGGAUGGCUAUGCAGUAGUUGCCUCUGAUGGCCCUGGGGAGUAUCCCGUAAUUACUGAAUCAAGGGCAGGAAAUGAUGGAAUUGGUGUGACAGUGUCCCCUGGAACUGUAGCAUAUGUAACGACUGGAGGACCAAUUCCAGAUGGUGCCGAUGCAGUUGUGCAGGUAGAGGACACUGAAAUUAUCAGGAGUGAUUCAGUUGGGUUGAGCCGAGUAAAAAUAUUGGUGAAAACUAGUCCAGGAGUUGAUAUUCGCCCUGUGGGAUGUGACAUUGAGAAAGAUACCGUAGUGUUGAAAUCAGGUGAAUGUUUAGGUGCUGCAGAAAUUGGUCUACUCGCAACCGUUGGUGUGGUGUUGGUGAAGGUAUAUCCUACACCAGUAAUUGCUGUGCUAUCCACUGGUGAUGAACUUGUAGAGCCAACUACAGAGUGUUUAGGUCGUGGCCAGAUAAGGGACUCCAACCGUGCUAUGAUGCUGGCUGCUGCGACACAGCAUCACUGCAAAGUUUUGGACCUUGGUAUAGCUCCUGAUGAUGAAGAAGAGACUAAGAGAAUUUUAGAUCGUGCUUUCUCUUCUGGGAUUCAUAUUUUAAUGACAUCUGGAGGAGUUUCAAUGGGGGACAGAGACUAUAUCAAGCCUUUGCUUGAAAAGAAGGGGAAAGUUCAUUUUGACAAGGUUUGCAUGAAACCAGGAAAGCCUUUCACAUUUGCGGAGAUUGUUGCAGAAUCUGGGGAGAACACUAAAGUUGAUAAAAUUCUAGCAUUUGGUUUGCCUGGAAAUCCAGUGAGCUGUUUAGUCUGUUUCCACCUCUUUGUGGUCCCAUCUAUUCGCUAUGUUGCUGGCUGGGAAAACCCUUAUCCACUAAGAGUACUGGCUCGCAUUAAGCACUCCAUUAAGACAGAUGCAGCCCGUCCUGAAUUUCAUCGUGCCAUCGUCAGAUGGGAGACUACCGAUGGUUUAGGCAAUCAAGGAUUUGUUGCUGAGAGCACCGGACAUCAGAUGAGUAGUCGACUUUUAAGUAUGAAGUCAGCCAACGCCUUGUUGGAAAUGCCGGCAUCUGGGGGUUUAAUAUCUGCUGGAACCUCUGUGACAGCAAUAAUAAUUUCUGAUCUGAGUGACUUAGCAGGAAGUUCGAGGUCUUUACCAGUUUCAAAUCAAGCUCCCCAACCUGUUGUAUCGCAAGUGAAUGGAAAUGCAUCUCAAGGUUCUGAAUUUACAGUGGCAGUGCUAACAGUGAGUGAUACUGUUUCAUCAGGGUCUGGUCCUGACAGAAGUGGUCCAAGGGCGGUUUCUGUUGUAAACUCUUCCUCAGAAAAAUUAGGAGGGGCAAAAGUUGUUGCAACAUCUGUGGUUCCGGAUGACAUACCUAGGAUCAAGGACAUAUUGCAAAAAUGGAGUGAUGUUGAUAAAAUUGAUCUAAUUAUUACACUAGGUGGCACUGGUUUCACCGCAAGAGAUGUUACCCCCGAAGCAACAAAAGAUUUGAUAGAGAAAGAGACUCCUGGGCUUCUUUAUGUAAUGAUGCAAGAAAGUCUGAAGGUUACACCAUUUGCAAUGCUUUCACGCUCUGCAGCUGGAAUACGAGGAUCUACACUGAUAAUCAACAUGCCAGGAAAUCCUAAUGCGGUUGCUGAGUGCAUGGAAGCUUUGUUGCCUGCCCUUAAGCAUGCCUUGAAACAGAUUAAAGGGGACAAGAGGGAGAAGCAUCCUCGUCACGUCCCUCACGCACAAGCUGUACCAACAGACACAUGGGAACAAAGUUUGAAGUCGGCUUCUACAGUUGACAAAGAGGCUGGUUGUUCAUGUUCUCAUUGAACCAAUUUUCGAAUUAACCAACAUUGUAUUCUGAACAUUCCGACCUGAUACAUUGUACACAACUCUGACCAUUAUGAUCCGUCAUCUUGUAUAGACAUUGAAAUCAAAAAAUAAAAUGAUGUAAAAGCCAAAUGAGGCUCUGUUAUAUUAUGUA